AUGAGUUCAAACGUAUCAGCAAUUCCAAACUCUUUCGAGGUGAUUCGAAGGUCUGCACAAUUUCAAGCAAGUGUUUGGGGAGACUAUUUUCUUUCCUAUCAUUCUCUUUCUCAGGAAGAAGGCAACAAGGCGAUAGAAAAACAAACAGAAGAAUUGAAAGAAGAAAUAAAAAGGGAGUUGAAUUCUACAACCAAAGACGAACCUGAGAAAUUGAGACUCAUCGAUUCAAUCCAACGCUUAGGCGUUUGUUAUCAUUUCGAAUAUGAGAUCAACAAAAUACUUGAACAACUCCAUCAUAUUACUAUUACUUCAAAAAAUAAUGGUGAUGAUCAUCCUUACAAUAUGACCCUCCGUUUCAGACUUCUAAGACAACAAGGCUACAACAUAUCAUCGAAGUCAUUCGAAAGGUUUCGAGGCAAAUGGGAAAGUUCAUACGAUAAAAAUGUAGAAGAACUCUUGAGUUUAUAUGAAGCAUCGCAAUUGAGGAUGCGAGGAGAAGAAGCAUUAGACGAAGCGUUUCGUUUCGCUACCGCUCAGUUGGAAGCCAUUGUCCAAGACCCAACAACCGAUCCAACGGUCGUAGGGGAAGUCUGCCAAGCUUUGAAGUGGCCGAUGUACAAGAACCUACCAAGGCUUCAAGCAAGACACUACAUUGGUUUGUACAGCGAGAAGCCAUGGAGGAAUGAGAGUUUGAUUAACUUUGCAAAGAUGGAUUUCAGCAAACUGCAAAAGCUUCAUCAGAAAGAAAUUGCUUACAUCUCAAAGUGGUGGGAUGAUUAUGGUUUUGCUGAAAAGCUAUCAUUUGCAAGGAACAGGAUUGUGGAGGGAUACUUUUUUGCUCUUGGGAUAUUCUUUGAACCUCAACUUUCAACUGCUAGACUUAUUAUGACCAAAAUUAUUGCUAUUGGAUCAGUGUUAGAUGACAUUUAUGAUGUUUAUGGCACUUUCGAAGAACUCAAACUCUUGACGCUUGCAUUUGAGAGAUGGGAUAAGAGUGAGACAAAAAAACUUCCAAAAUAUAUGAAGAUGUACUACGAGGCUUUGUUAGAUGUUUUUGAAGAAAUUGAACAAGAAAUGAGCCAAAAGGAAACAACACCAUAUUGCAUCCAUCAGAUGAAAGAAGCGACAAAGGAGCUUGGGAGGGUAUUUUUGGUAGAGGCCAAAUGGUGUAAGGAAGGAUACACCCCAACAGUAGAAGAAUACUUGGAUAUUGCUUUAAUAUCUUUUGGCCACAAAUUGCUUAUGGUAACAGCUCUCUUAGGAAUGGGUUCAACCAUUGCCACACAACAAAUUGUUCAAUGGAUCACCUCCAUGCCUAAUAUUCUCAAAGCCUCCGCUAUUAUUUGUAGGCUGAUGAACGACAUCGUUUCACAUAAGUUUGAACAAGAGCGAGGUCACGUGGCUUCUGCCAUUGAAUGUUACAUGGAACAAAAUCAUAUGUCAGAGCAUGAUGUCCUAAUUAUAUUAGGUAAACAAAUAGAUGAGUUUUGGAAGGAUAUGGUUGAGAAUUAUUGUGUUGUUGUCACCGAAGAAGAGGUUCCAAGGGGUGUUCUUAUGAGAGUUUUGAACCUUACAAGAUUAUUUAAUGUGAUUUACAAAGAUGGAGAUGGAUAUACACAAUCUCAUGGUUCCACAAAAGCCCAUAUCAAAUCUUUGCUUGUUGACUCUCUUCCACUCUAG